UUGAUUAUCCAAGGCUUGAAGAUGGAAAACAGUAUAAAGGAUGAACUCUACUCUGACAUUUUCGAUAUGUCAAAUCUUCAAUCAAGUCUUAGGCCGACUACCAAUUCUGGAAACAAUGAUUCACAUGACAGCGAGUGGUGCGAUGUGUGGAGUGAUGAUGGAGAUUUGUGUCAUGAUUCUACUGAUAAAGUGGAUAAAACAUCUGAAAUGGACAGGGAAUGGCAGAGGCGGCAUGACCAAUUCCACACUGUCGGAUACCGUGAUGGUCUUAUGGCAGGGAAAGAAGCUUCAGUUCAAGAGGGAUUUAAUGUUGGUUUUACAGACUCUGUAUAUGUUGGUUACAACUGGGGUCUUGUCAGAGGUAUCACUAGCGCUUUGGCCUCUCUUCCCAACGGCUUAAUAGAAAGAAUGGUUGAUACAAAGGAAAUCCAGAAUAAGUUCCAGCAGUUACAUGACUCUGUGCAAUCUCGUUCAACAGUGGAAAUGCUUAAGAUGUUCCAUGAUUAUCUGACAAGGAAAUCGGAAGAGAGUUCUAAAAAUGACAACUCUAGCACUUGCUUGGCGGAUUCCAGCGACCUCAGCUCCAAUGACAGUCUUCUUGAGAAUUACCAGAAAGAGCUACGAUCACUUAUUGAUGAAUCAGGGCUCAAAUUGCAGUUAGAUACAAAAGAGUAGCUUUUUGUUUUCUUGCUUUACUCGUUGAAGUCACUUCUAGUUUUCAUCACAAUCCAUGAAAAUUGCAUUCAAAAAGAAAAAAACAGUACACUUGAAUG